AUGAUGUCCAUUCCCAACCUUCGACGUCUGCACCAGGACUUGGGAUGUAUCCCACAAAAUCGCCUCGAAACCGAAACCUCUGCAGGUAGUGCCUCGCUAGCGAAGGUGAUUAAUACCGCUCGGAUCACCACAGAGAGUGGCAUCCAUGUCGUAGAGGGUGAAUGCUCCCAAGACGAUUUCGAGAUCCUCUGGUCCCAGGGCUUGCCAUUGAUGGUUCGUGGAGCGCCUGGGCUAUUGUAUGACUGGUCUCCAACAGGGCUCUCUUCUUUUCUUGGAGACGACGCUUGUGAUAUUGUCGAAUGUGAAACAAAUCGUAUAAAGAGAACAACGAUAAAUACAUUCUUGCAGAACUUGGGGAAAUCAAAGACGGCAGACGGGCCUCCCUUGAAGCUCAAGGAUUAUCCAGAAGACAUGCUAUUCAAAGAUAAAUCACCGAUAUUAGCUCGUGAUUUCAAAAGUGCUCUCCCCGUCCCAAUGUACACCUACGACGAUGGUCCACUAAACCUGGCGGCCAUGUAUCCAUUAGAAUACGAUUGCAAACCGGACAUCGGUCCGAAGGUCUACGCUGCAACUGCGAGUAAGCAUGACAAUCACCACCACGGCAGUACUCGUUUGCACAUGGAUAUGGCAGACACUGUAAACAUCAUGGCAUCUGGCAGGGCCUUGUGGCACAUUUUCCGUAGCGACGACGCAGAUGCAAUCGGACAAAUUUUGAAACAUCACUGUGACUUGGCCGACCCCAUUAAUUCGCAUCAGCUAUAUGUGACGCCCGAGUUGCUGGACGUUUUGGAAACCAAAGGCAUUAAACCAUACACGUUCGAGCAAAAUCAAGGUGACUGUGUCUUCAUUCCAGCAGGGUGUGCCCACCAGGUGUCCAACAUAACGUCCUGCAUCGAAAUUGCAGUCGAUUUUGUCUCUCCUCAGAGCUUGGAACGAUGUGCUCGGGUAGCAACCUCCUUCUGCAAUUGCGAGACGAUACACGAAUGCUUGGAAUUUACGUGGCUCUUGCUGUACGCAUGGAUGUCAGUCACGGUCAUGGACGACUUGUUACCCACUUCAUUGAUAUCUACCAAUCUUAAGCGGAAAGCGCCACCCUCCGAUGGCGGCAAACAACUGUCAGAGUUGCGGAUUAACAUCAGGAAAAACCUCCCCCACGCAUUUCGUCAGAAUUCUCCGCACUUAUCAGAAUUGCUGUAA